AUGGAGUAUAAAAAGCUGGCCAACGGCCCGCCUCAGGAGGAAUGCGCCGAGUGUGUAGUGCCUACGCAGAGGGAACUCCUUUUGGAGGUUCUGCGCAUAGGUGUUCCGCUGUCAGCUUCUCAGCUAUCGCAGUUUAGUUUUAUGAUCGUCAUGUUUUUUUUCGCAGGUCAUCUGGGUGUGGAAGAGCUAGGAAGUGUUUCCAUCGCUCUCGGCAUUCUCAACGCGACCGGAUUCGCUUUUGGCAGUGGACUCUGUGGGGCGCUGGAGACGCUUUUAUCGCAUUCCUACGGACAGGAUCCGCGAAGCAUCAUGUACGGGGUUUAUGCCCAGAGGAUGUUUCUUAUACUCAUGAUUUUUACAAUUCCUCUGGCUAUUUUGCUGAGUUGCUUGACGCCAAUAUUGGUAGCUAUCGGUGAACCUGCUCAUGUGGCGGCGGAGGUGGGCUCAUUUUGUGUCAUCUGCGUCAUUGGAUUGCCGCCGAUUAUGUUGUUGGAACUGCUUCGACGUUAUUAUGCGAGUCAGCACCGCUCGAAUCCGGUUUUUGUGGCCUUGGUGAUGGCCGCAAUUAUAAAUCCACUCCUACAGUACGUCUUUGUCUAUUUUUUUGGAUACAAAGGGAUUGCGUUGGGGUGGGUGAUUCUUCUUGUGGCCAUGGAUAUCGCCCUACUUGCCUACCUUAGGCUGAGCGGUCUGUAUCGUUAUACGUGGGGUGGCUGGAGCAAGGCGGCGCUUAGCAACUGGGUUCCCAUCUUGAAGCUGGCUAUUCCAUCCCUUGGGAUGGCCUUUAGUGAGUGGAGUGCAAUGGAGGUAAAUUCCGUCUGUGCAGGUUUUAUGCCUUCUGUGCAGUUGGCUGCAUAUGCCAUUAGUAGUCAGGUGGCGAACCUAUGUUGGAGCGCGGUGUCUGGCUUUUUUAUGGCCAGCACCGUCUUGGUAGGGAAUUGUGUUGGCGAAGGCCACCCACAAUUGGGACGACGCUACGCAAUUUUGUCCUUCAUAGUUGUGUUAGUCGUCGCCUGCGUGAACGUCACUGCGGCCUGGAUCUACCGAAAGGAAAUUGCUUAUGUAUUCACUGAGGACAGCGAGGUUGUAUCUAUAUUCGCGGAAAUUACUCCCUUUUUCUUGGUGUAUCACAUGUUGGAUUCCAUCCAAUGCAACUUUUUGGGGAUUUUGCGCGGCUGUGGGCUUCAGGUCGUUGGCGUUGUCAUUGUUUUUGUGGGCCUGACGAUUGUAGGAAUGCCGCUGGGUCUAUUUCUUCUUUUUCGCUGUGGCUAUGGCGUCAAGGCGUUGUGGAUUGGCCCUAUUGUGGGCUGCACGUUGCUGGGGAUUCCGGCGUACCUGUUUGUCUUCCUCUGCCGCAUCAAGUGGGAGCGGCUCCGGCCCUACGUGGAGGCGCCCCCCGGCGAGGUCGUGCUCAGUGUCGUCACCUCUUCGACUGAGCCGUGA